AUGUUUUCUAGAUUAGGAUUAAACACCAGAACCCCAUACCACUUUCUCUUCUACUCGCUUGCCUUUGGCGGGGCAUCCUUCUACUCGUUCAUCGUGUCCCCCAUCGUGUUCAAGAAGUUGCCUCGUGAAGAGUUCUCCAACUUGCAGUCCCAGGUCUUCCCUACCUACUUCCUUGGGCAGACGAUUUCUCCUAUUAUUUUGGGGUUGACGUCCCCAUUGAGAAUCUGUCCAUUCACUGGAGGCCUCUUGGCUUUAUCGUCGUUGGCUGGUGCCCUCAACUACUUGUACUUGUUGCCUGUCUGUGCCGACUUGAAGGUGCAAAGAAAGAAGUUGAUUGCUGACAAGUUGGACAAGGAUGCCAACGGAGAAGCCAGCGAGGAGUUCAAAAAGCUCACCAAGCAGUUUGGUGCCUACCACGGAAUCUCCACCUUGGUCAACAUAGUGUCCAUUUUGUCGCUUGGUGUCUACGGCUUGGUGUUGGCCAAGCGUAUCUAG